AUGGACGACUCCGUGCUCACCUACAUCGUCAAUCAUGUUUUCAUGCCACCGGUUCUGCCCCAGCAAGACGACCGGGAUAUAUCCAACGACGCAGCGUUAUGCGAUGCUGUUUUGGAGUGUGCUCGUUGCUAUCGAGCGUAUCUUCAGAAUGAUGUCCACAAGCUACAGAAGUGGAAUAUCAUUAUCGAUAUGCUUCAGAAUUUCAAAGCGACUCUGACCGCCACCCUUGGGUCUGCGGAAGUAGAACGACAGCUGUCAUCGAUGAAUAUUGGAGAUAUACUUGUCUACCACAUCAAUGCCCAGAACGCAUGCGUCGUCUUUCGAAGGCAGCCUGAAGAAGUCAUCUACGAGGCCUUCGAGGUCAUGUUUCCGAACGAAAAGGUCAUGGGCGCCAUCGGAAAACUCAUCUCUUCUUUUCCUGGCCCCGCCAUAGCGUUUCCUAGCGCGACAUUCAGAACACCCGCCUUUCGUAAAGAACUGGCCUCGUUUUUGGUGGAGAUGCAUAACGAUUUUCUGGAGGAGGCAUCACCAACAAGCCGAAAAGCCGGUCACAAUGUCAUUGAAGAGCGGGAACCUGCGCAUCCUCGCUUUAUCACACAGCUUCUCACGGGUAUUUUGUACGGUCAAGGAGGGCGGGCGGCUGAUGUCAAGCGUUUUUCAAAGCGAAUCAAUGAUGAUGUUCUGUGGUUGAAUGCAAAGCUUCCCUGGAGGCGAUCUCCGAUUUGGCUCGUACUUCGCGUAGCCCUGCAGUCCUCGCUUUUUGAAGGUGUUGACCAUACUGAUUACAAAUUCUUCCUUACCUAUUUCAUUGCCUCCAUCUUAGAUAAAGCAAGGCAGAAGAGAUGGAACAGUGACUUGAUUGACGUCAUGAAGAAGAAAAUGUGUCGUCGGCUCGCAAAACUUAGUUCAUCUGCUCCCGUGUUUUUGACAGAGAAAGUGCACUCUGUAGGGAAGGAGGUUAAUGCUGUUAUCGAGGAGAGAGGCAGGGACCUCGAGAUUCAACAGCAGAAAUCUUCUUAUUGGAAUCCCUCAGAACUGAACAUCGCUGCUGACACCACCAUUACCCUUCCCAAUUCGAGCGCUUACAUUGAAGAAGUUCUGCGGCGUGCCCCCUCUCCGCAACCGACAUCUCCCUUUUCCCCCAACCAUGUCAGUCGUCUGAGAGACAAUCCAGAUUUCUCUUCGCUUACAAAAGACCGCCUCACCAUGGCUUUUAGGGAAGACAAAUUCAUUGCUCUAGCAGACUUCGAAUACUGCGUCGAGAACCAUCUAGAUGCCUGGCUUUCAGGAGUUCUUCACGAAAGUGCAACUUCGGGCAUUCUAUCUGUCUGCUUAUUCGAAUAUAUGAAGGAGGCUGAAAAUGCCUAUUUGUCAAAUGCGGAGGAUGAGUCGCUUAUGCUCCUUACAAUCAUAGGUCUGUGGGUGGCAUUGGAUAAGGUUGCAGUAGCGCAGUAUCCCUUGUUGCACGAUUACUCGCCUGAGGUUCCGAUUGACCUUUUGAAGCCUCUUCUGCUGCGACAUUCCAAAUCUCUAAAACGAAUGGUCCUAAUCACUCAGUACAUUCGUGAUCGUCAUUAUUCGGCAAUGUGCAGGGAGUCCUUAUUUGAUGAAACUGCCAGUCAUGGCAGCUUUGCUGUCCGUUACUUCGAUUCCUCCACUGAACUUCAGCACCUCAAACAGAGGAUUGAACAUGAUGCUGCUUUGGAACGAGCGAGAAAAGUUGAGGAGCUACAGAGAGCAAAUGAUCAUUAUCAUGCUGUCAAAGCAGAAGCACAGCAUUUGGAGCAUGAAUAUACUAUGAGAUGGCAGCGCCGGCAUGGAGAUUAUAGGCGGGUUCAUGACAAGGCAUGCAGGAAGUGCAGGCUUGACAAACAGUACACAUCCAUGACUAUUGCUGUCCAUGAACAUCCUUUACCUGAUAAUGUGGAGAUGGCAAAAAUGGUUGUCUUUGAGGUUAAAUGCCCAAUUGUCAUUGAACAUUGGAGAGUGGCAACUUAUACCAUUCUUCAUGACCUUUGCACACCAUCUUCUGCUCACAAUACCUCUUCUGCUUCUCCACCUAUGACAUUGGCUUCUUACUCUCCUCUUCAAAGAUAUAUUUCUAGAGAUCUAGGCCGAGUGAUGAUAGCAUCAUCAACUAAGUCAUUCUUGCAAGCUCAUUACAAGGAGCAAAAAGUUCCCACUACUGAGGUGCAGGUGUGUCUCUGUAGUGGCCUGAAAUAUGAGCUGUAUGACUCUAAGAAUGACAUCUGGAUUUCCAACCCCUUCAUAAACUGUGAUAUUCAUGAUCAAUGCACCCUUCGAUUCAUGCCAGAUGGAAUAUAUGAUAACUUGACACAUGCAGUUCGUAAUACCAGUCAUACAUCAAAUGAGAUGAUUGCUAACCAGUCUGACUGCUUGACUGGUUUGACGCUUCAUGAAUAUGCAGCAUUCACUGGAUUACGGAUGGGAGAAAGAUUACAGUGGCUGAAUAUUGUUAGAGAGUUGAGAGCCCGAAUGCUCACUUUCAAUCAUGAAGCAGUUCAUACACUCUUGACUCAAAGUGUAUGUCAGGUUGGUGUUGUAGCUGAGAAUGGUGAUCUGGAGUGGCAUAUCGACCUUUAUGAUCUUUCCUUUCGUCAGGUUCUUUUGAGAGAGCUAUGGAAUCUUUUGCUGAGUGUGGAAGGCAAUUGGCUUGAGGGAGUAACUCUCAGGUCAAUCAUCUUAUUGACAAGCCGGCUGUUAGUAACAACAACUCUGACUGAGCACUUGCAUUUUAUGGUCAACAAUAACACAGAUAGCUGCUCUGCAUAUGAUAUUCUGCGCAAAGCACGGAUUACUGUAUUUUUAUGGGUGCAAAUGCUUGUUGAUGAACUUCAGAAGACAGUUAAAGAGAAUGUCAUGCAGGAUUUGCAAUGCCAUAUCUUUAAAUUAGCAACUACUAUUCAAGCAACAUAUGAUGUUGAACCAGAGCAUCUUCCAGCUCUGUUGCAGUCUGAUGAAGAUAUCAGAAUUCUAGUUGAAAGUACUAUUAUCAUGCAUGAUAAUACUCCAGUCAAACAAGCAUUCAUAUCACCAGAAAUAUGGAGGCUUUUACGCCGGAGUGAGAGGCUUGCUCAUUUCAUUGAGCCAUACAUGUGGGAUAUGAAGUUAAACAGUGCUUAUCAGCAGGGUGUAAAUCUUGCUGUGACAUCUAUAUGGCCAGCCUAUCAUGCUACUCAUUGGACAGUGUUGGAUUCUCCCAAUCACCGAUGGAUCAGCACUUCAACAGCUGUGGAUGCUGACCAACAGUCUCAGCAAGUGCAUCUCAACUUGCUGACAGGGCUGCUCCUUAUCAGUGGCAAGCCACUUAGUCGGCUUCCAUGGAAUAUUACUAGUCAUGCAACAUAUGGUAGAAUCUUUGGCACAAAAAUCCUUGAUGUCAUUCCUUCUGACAGACCUGGCAUUGAAUAUGCAAGUCACUGUCUAAUUUCAGGAUGGCAGAUAUAUUUAGGCUUAAAAAAUGAUACUCUUAUUAUACAAGCCAAAAAGGAUGAUAUUGUUUUUGAGCUUAUACCACAUACAACUUUUGAAUGUGAUCUCCCACAACUGUUUGUCAAGGAAUAUACACAUUGGAUCAACUUGAACACUUCUGAAGUUGAACUUCGGCCACUUGUUUCUCUUUGGAAGCCAUCUCAGCAGAACUGGAGAAUGAUUUGCAAUGCUUCUAAGUGGAAGAUGUCUCUUGAUGACCAUGAAAUGAUUGAUCUUCAUAGUCAAACAUUUAACAUGGUAUCAGCCUGCCUUCAGAUUUUUGAGCAAUGUCAUUACAUUCAUAUAACCUAUGCUCCUUCUGAUACUAGCCUACAUAUUGAUUUACCCCGCUUUCAACUGUCCUUCUUUCUCAAUAAGGAUGCUAAACUUGAAUGUUACAAUUUUCCUAAUAUGUUGAUUGAUGAAAAUCAGAGUGCUGGAUCAUUGUUGGGUCUUGAGAGCCGGCUUGUCUUAUGCUCCAAACAUAGUCUCAAGCUACCUCAAUGCCGGCAUAUUCUGAUUCCUUUUGGAGAAGUCCAGGUUGUGCAACAAAAAGAUCAUGUUCAGAUUGUGAUUCAGACAGGCUCUGCUCGAUCUGUAAAGUUCUAUGACUAUACUAUUGAUAGUAAUAUUGGUCAUCUUGUCAGUAGUCCUGAUCUGACCAGCAAUCUAUAUCAGGUCUUUUUGCAUGCACUAUCCAGUCACUCCCUUCCUGAUCCUCUCACUGGACAGACUGGCACUGAAGAAGCCAUUCAUUUAUUGCAAUCUGCAAUCUGUUAUUCAUUCCAGAAUAUCUCAAACACAGAUCUGAAGUUACUACACAAUAUCAGUUCUCUUACUCCCCAUCACACUUGGUAUCCUAAACACAAGAAAAGCAUGCAGAGUAUUCAGUGGCAUUAUCACUAUUGUUCAUCCCAGGGUCAACACCAUGCUUUCCAUAAGCUUGUUGGAGCAAUCAUAGAUUAUGCAAGGCUUAUUAAAGUCUUUAGCAUUAGUUCUAAUUGCACUUUGGACUUCAACAGUAAUGCAACUUCAUCACAUUUGUUGCAUCGAUCUAGUUUCCGGCUUUCACAUCUUUAUCCUGCUGAUUUUUCAUUAUUCAACCACCAAGAAAAAGAUUAUGAUAAUGCAUACCACUCUCAUGAUCAGGAACAGGAUAUUAAUGGGAUUGCUGCAAAUACUUCUCAGAUGAUUAAGCAUGAAUCCUUCUGCAGAAUUCCAGGCUUUUCUCUAACAGAGAAGCUCUCAGAUUGGGGAAGCAUUGGUCCUGCAGAUGUGGAUUUUUCACUGUCUUACAAGCGAUUAUGGCUCAGCUCUAAGCAUCUCCAAAGAAACUGGCUGUCAUUCCUGCUGCUAAACUGCAAUAGUCUGAGUGCUGCUACUAGGCAGUGGCAGGCCUUGUUUAGUAUGUCAGCUAUGGCAUAUAAUGAUUCUAGCAUCCAAACCAUGAUCCCCUCAUUGCUUGCUCUCACUGUAUGCUCUUGGCAACACAUAUCAGGAAAUUUGAACCUUCUAUGGUGUUCAACCAAUUCUCAUAGAUCCUUUGAUCUAUCUAUCAGAGACACUCCAGAAGAAAGAAAACUGGCUGAAAUGGUUUCAAAUGCUCGUGUUUCCUUAGAUGAUAGUCCUGUUGCAUCCAUGGUGCAGCUUGAUUUGGAAAGCUACUCAUCUUUCCUUCAUCGGAAAAAAGCAGCAUAUGAUAGUCUUGACAGUGAGCAAGCUCCUGCAGUGUGCCGACAACUUUUUGCCUCAUGGUCUCCGGAAACUGAGCCAGCUCCCAUCCACAGAUCUCAGUUUACCCAAUUCUCAUCAAUGUUCAAAAUUGACAUGCUGUUGGACACAGUUAUGUCAUACUUUCAGCAUUGUUUCCACAACGGGCAGUUGCGACAUGUCACUGACACCGUACAAGGUGCCGUCGCCAGCAUUCUUACAACACAUCCACAGAUGACUCAGUACAACUUUAUGGCAUGUUCGACUCGGUCUAAAUCACGCUCCAUCGCCACGACCCUGAAACAACUCUUGGUUUCUCGCAACACUGUCUGUAUAGCAGCGGCUCAUGAUGUCACAACUAUGUUCUGGCCAAUUGAACAUGAUCUGCCUACUUCAUCACCUUCGGGUAUGGGCAAUGUAUCAGAUACCGGGCUGCUUGCUUCUUUGAUAUUUAAGUUCAAGAACAGUAACAGUAAACUAAAGCAGUUAUAUGGCGCAGAACUCGACGAAAGUCUGCAACAUUUGGUCUCUGUGGCCUCACCCUCCGAUAAUGCUUUGCCCUCCAUUCCUGUGUCUGUGAUGGAGAACUACCGAUUUACAUGCCAGGAGGUCCUGACAUGUGUGUUGGCACAGAUCACUGCUUUGCUGCAAGCCUCCAAUUCUCACGAAUCAGCAUUACAGCUCGGAGGGUUGUGGCCAUGCAUCAAUACCCGUUCCAUCCUCUGCCAAAUCACUCAGGACAUUGGAAUCGAGUGGAAAUCUAUGAUUGAAAAAUUUGCACUACUAUUCAUCCAGCAUCAACGAGCGCAGCGACUAUUACUUUCAGUGGUCAAUGAGAAUUCUAUCGAAUUCUACAGAGAGAUGAGUAACGGCCGAGUGACUGCAAUAUGCCCGGAAUGGCUCCUGCUUCAGGUGGAUAAUAAUUUUAUCAGCCGUUCUAUUCAGACCUCAGUUGCACACGAAAUAAUUUCUCCGUCGUCGAAGGAAAACUCUGUUCUGCAGCUGAAUAUGGGGGAGGGGAAGUCAUCAGUCAUUGUUCCCAUGACUGCUGUCGUUGCUGCCGAUGGCCACUCUAUUGUUCGAGUUGUGGUUCUGAAGUCUUUGGCCAGACAGAUGUUCCAAUUACUUGUGCAGCGUAUCUCAGGACUGACAAAUCGUCGUGUAUUUUACAUGCCAUUCUCCCGUCGCCUUGCCAUGGGAUCUAAAGAGAUCGAAGCUAUUUGGAAACUCUAUCGCCAAUGCAUGGAUGACGGCGGUGUGUUGGUUAUUCAGCCGGAGCACAUUCUAUCGUUCAAGUUGAUGUGCGUAAACAGGCUCCUGGAUGGCAAUGGCGGAGAUGGGAUUGGUCGAGAUGUUGAGGCUGCCCAGCUCUUAGAAUUGCAAAAAUGGCUUGAUGGUCAUGUCAAGGAUAUUUUGGAUGAAAGCGACGAAAUUCUCCAUGUCCGCUACCAACUUAUCUACACAGUAGGCACACAGCGCUCACUGGAAGGUCACCCAGAGCGCUGGACCACCAUUCAACAAAUUUUCACACUUGUAACCGACGUCAUCUCGUCCGUGGAGUCGAAAGCUCCUCGUUCAGUAGAAAUCCGUCUUUCUGAAAAGCAAGAUGGCACAUUUCCCUUCAUUUUCUUGUAUUCGAAUGACGACAAGAUCGAUCCUGGUAUAGAGCUUGUUGAUUCCGUAUGCACACAGAUUCUCAACGGAAGACUUGAUAACUAUCCUAUUUUUGCACGACUAUCUGAUGACCUUCGUCAACAGGUCAGACACUUCAUCUCCGAAGUUACUGUUAAGUCAGACGUAGCCAGGUCCAUCCAGGAUCUUUACCUCGGGACGGAUGCAUGGAACCUGCUGCUAUUGCUCCGUGGACUCUUUGCGCAUGGUAUCCUUGUCUAUGUCUUGAAAGCGCGCCGCUAUCGAGUGGACUACGGAUUGGACCUUAGCCGAACGCUGCUUGCCGUUCCAUAUCGUGCAAAGGAUGUUCCCUCUUUAGCAGCAGAGUUCGGCCAUCCAGACGUCGCCAUCACCCUCACUUGUUUGUCGUAUUAUUAUGCAGGCUUGACCGAAGAACAGGUGGACAUCUGUUUCGAGCUCCUUUUCAAAGAGGACGAUCCGAACAUCGAAUACUGCUCCUGGAUCAAGGGCAACGAGAAGGUUCCGUCACAGCUGCUCCAUAUCGCUGGCAUUAACUUGAAAGACAUGGAACAACGUUCGCAAUAUUUGAUACCUCUCUUUCACCGACACCGUGCUGUCGUUGAUUUCUUUUUAUCCCAUGUCGUAUUUCCCAAACACGCAAAGGAGUUCCCCCAGAAGAUUUCGACGUCAGGGUGGGAUUUGGCAGCAAGAAGAUCCAAGCACACCACAGGUUUCAGUGGUACAAACGACAACCACCAUCUUCUUCCUUUAUCCAUUCAACAGUACGACCCUGUUGAACAGAGAAGUACCAAUGCCAAAGUGUUGAAUUGCCUCCUUCGUCCGGAAAACGAUCAUUAUGAGUGUAUCUGUGAUCCAUCGACCAACAGCAGUCUGACAACGGAGAAGUUCCUGGAUCUUCUAGUCCGCCAGAAGCCGGAGAUUCGUGUCCUGUUGGAUGUAGGGGCACAGAUGCUUGAGCUUCGUAACGAGCAAUUGGCGAAGGCUUGGCUUGGUUUGCGACCUACCUCAGUGCUCUCCGCGGCCAUUUACUUCGAUGAUGCCGAUGAGCUGAUGGUCCUCAAUCGUCAGGGCGUUGCGGAACCACUGUUUCUAUCUCCAUUCAAGUAUCAGCUAGACAAGUGCGUUGUUUAUCUGGACGAAGCCCAUACCAGAGGAACAGACUUGAAGUUACCUGUUCACUUCAGAGCAGCAGUCACCCUCGGCGUGAACGUAACAAAGGAUAGGCUUGUUCAAGGUGCUAUGCGCAUGCGACAGCUUGGUCAAGGGCAGUCGGUCAUGUUUUUUGCGCCUCGGGAGAUAGACCAGAAGAUCAGAAAGGCGGCUCAGAAGUCAGACUCCGCCAAAAUUAAGGCUGUCGAUAUCUUGAGGUGGAGCAUGCUUGAAACUUGCGAUGAAAUCACCCGUCGUGUACCUCAAUGGGCGCAACAGGGUUAUGACUAUCAACGAAGAAAAGAAGCAUGGGAGGCAUGCAUUUCUUCUGACAUAUCACCGGCGGUCCUCAAUCCGUGGCUUCAGCCGGAAGGCCGCUCUCUUCAGGAAUUAUACGGUCUUUCGGAUGGUCCCGCUCCCGGUUCAGCAAUUUGGCAAGUCGGUGAUCUUCGCGAACGUUGUGAAAUGCUCGGCCUUUCCUUCGUUUCUGAGACAAAUAUGGAUGAAGAGCAGGAAAGGGAAGUCAGCCACGAGAUCGAGAGAGAGCGGCAUGUUGAAAGGCCUGCAAAGGCUUCACCUGCUCGCCAUUCGCUUCAUCCUGAUGUUCGCGCGUUCGUUUGGACAGGCAUCGUACGGAAUAUGUCUCCUGCGUUCAAGCCGCUGUUUCGUGCAUUCGAAGGAAUCUCCUCUAUGCUUCGAAACGGUGAAAAUAUAUGGACACCAAAUCUACUUUGCACUGAGGACUUUGCUACGACGAUCAGGACAUCCAACCAUAGUAAUGUUUCUGACUACCUGAGGUCCAUUAAUUGGGUCGUUUCCGCGAAACGAAACGAGAAUACUAUCCUCGUUGUAUUCAGCCCCUUCGAAAUCAACGAGUUAUUGCCAGAUAUACGCACCAGCACCAAAGUACAUCUCCACAUCUAUUCGCCCAAAGUCAGCGUGUCCACAAAGGCUUUCGAUGAUCUUCAGUUCCACUGUAUCCCAGGACCUAGCAUCCAGAUCAAUGAUGACCUCUUAAUAAUCCAGCUGAACAUCUUCGCUGGUCAACUAUACAUGCAGGAUUACGAUAAAUACCAGCAGCUAUGCUCGUUUCUAGGACUGUACCAGGGACAGCAAUCUGCGAAUGCCAGUGUCCCAAUGAGUGAUGGAUUCAUCAAGCCUGAACACCGCAUUCAUGGAGAUAUCUCACCUUUCAAAGAGAGCCCGGUGCCUUUCUUGAAAGCGCUAUUGGGGUCGCGACGAAAAGGGCAUCCUUACCUAGCCACUGAUCUUGGAAAGAUACUCCAUGGUCACUUGUUAACGGCUGAAUCGUUUCAAACGAAAGAUAUGUACGUGCGUUCCACUGAUAAGUGCAUAUUGUCGAUGCUCACGAGUCUUCACAGAGAUGCAAGAGGGCUUUGA